AUGCUCUUGCAGCCGUGGGGAGCUGGUGCUUGGAUCGGUACCUCAUCGACUGUCGACGUGGACGUGUGGCCGUACUAUGUGAUGGCUAUGCAAUGUUUGCUGCGAAAUCCUUAUUCGUUGCAACCGUUACCAUUGUACUACCCAUUGAUGGAGAUAGCGUUCAAACACCCCGCAGUGAGCGGCACUUGUGAGGAUAUGUUGGUCGAAGGCGAAGAUGAUAGAAAAUUCUUCAACUCGACUGAGAUUUACAGCUUCGUUCACAUGUUGGUCGUCCUUUUUGAAUGCAUUGUUAAUGAUCGGCUCAUGUCGGAAGUAGCGAUGAAUUCCCUACCCCAGCAGGGAGGAGGCAACGCUGUCUUCGCUAGCCCUAAUACUCUUGCUAAGUCAUUCGUGGACGAAGUUUAUCCGGCCUACCGUGCAUUGCUUAGAAGUGGAUCGUUCGUGCCUGACUUCAAACACGAUAUUAAGCGAAUAUCACUUGCAAUGAAGGUCUCUUCUUUCUGGGGACGGACGAUUCUUGUUACUGGUCGUCAAAGUGCGGCGUCGGCUACGGCAAAAAAAGGCGGAGCGGAGGAGUCGAAGUUGACUCGUCUGAAAGGCAUGGUCGAGCACGCCCUCUUUGCUGAAGACAGCAGGGCCGACCAGCCACUGCCGAGUCUGCCUGCAAUCUCCUCGGUUACACCGCCGAAGCGAAUUUCGUUUGAGGAUUCCCCACCUGCUGGUAGAAUGGAAGCAGCAGAGAUCACCAACCCCUUGCCACAGAGUCGGGUACCGAGGCUCUCGGUGGAGUCGGCCGGUCGCUAG